UCAACAACACUCUUAACUCCCAAGUUCCUACUUCAUAGUUUCACUUUCCAUCCAUGUUUUGAACAUGUAAGUGAAGUACGUCCACGUCUUUGGUGCGAGACGAGAGCUAUGAGAGGCUUCUAAAACAGUUACGAUGGCGGAGCAGUGCAGGACAGUAAGGGUGAGUGGCCUGCCCACUGAUAUAAAGGAGGACCGACUGACAGACAAGCUGUACAUCUACUUCCUGAGGGCCAGGAAUGGAGGAGGGGAAAUAGCAUCUGUCACCAUUGUCAAGGCAACACCCGUCUCUGCCCUCAUCACCUUUGAGGACAUUGGAGUUGCAAGGAGCGUGCUUCAACAUGGCCGACACAUUCUGAAGGUGGACGGGAAGAAGUAUGAACUCACCUUGAGUGAACCUCACAAAGACCUGGACCCAAAUAAGGUCAUCUUGAGCAUGUCUGUUACUGUGGAUUACAGCCAGCUACCUGGAGGAAAGGCAGCAUUGACCAGCCUUGACAGGAGUCAUGAUGUUCAGAUCCACUAUAACAACCCAGAGCAGCUCUGCACCUUGCAGGGCCUCUACUCCCAGGUUCAGGCUGCACUGGCCCAAAUACUGGGGCUCCCUACGGUCCUGGCCUCCGUAGAUACAACCCUACCUGUGGCCAAUGGUGUUCUGGGAGUCCUUACUAGAGGCAGUAGGGACCAAGCGAAGAGGACUCAUACCCAGGAGGCGACAGACCAUCACAGGAGAGGUGAUGAGCAGAGUGAUCUAGGCUCAGGUCCACAUAGGGACUUUAUGUCUGGAGGUCAGGGCUGUGAGUGGGAUGGGACAGCCCAGGCAAAGGGGUGUGCUGUGGGUCUGUGUCUGUCUGAGGAACCCCCCAUGGUGGAAGAGGACCUCUCCCUGAUCAUGGAUGCAGACUUGUUCCAAUACCUGCAGAGGCAGUGUGGAGAGGAGUACCAGGAGAUCCUCACCCAGCAUGGGGUAGAGGUGGUGGACGUGACCGCAGAGGGAGUGACCACCCUGUUCCUACAGAGAGUCCCCGGAGUGGGGGACAUUGGGCAGGAGCUGGAGCGUCUGAGGGGGGCUCGUGGGGACCUGAGCCGGCUCUACCAGGAGAACGAGGCCAGGCUCCGGCGAGCCCAGCUGCCCAAGAGCGUCCUCUCGCCCAGGGGAGGCCUGUCCAGGGCCAUGGAGGGCCUGCGGGUCAGGCUGCCCAAGUUGCUGUUCAGUGAGGAUGACCGGAACAUCUACUUAGUUGGCAACAGCAGCGAUGUGUCCGAAGCCAAACAGGUCCUCCUUCUGGGGGAGAGAGAGGAGGCGGUGGAGGAUGUAGCCAGCUUGUUACCAUCUCCCUCAUCCACAUCUGGUUCCUCCAAGCCAGGGGAAGAGGAGAGACUCACACCCACUCUCUCCUCCACAGCAGGAACACCCCUGGACGCCAGGGUAGAUAAGCUGCUGAAGCAAUAUGAGACGGAGAGGAGGACGGAGGGGGCCCGAGGGUAUAAGUUUGCCCCCCGCUUCAAGGCAUUAGGGCCGGCUGGGCUAGGGACCAGACCUAGGGACACAGUGACGGUAGGGGACACAUCUCCAAGUAUACGACCGGGCCUUGGACCCAUGUUAGGCCAUGACCUGUUUGGCUCAGACAGAGCAGGGUCAGGUGUUGGGGGACUCUCCAGGCCAGGUACACAGAGUAGUGGAGAUGAUAUACUGUUCAGGAGAGGUGAACCCCUGUUCACCCCCUCUAUGGAGAAUGGACUCUUCCUGAGCUCAAUACCAACACACGUUGGGCAGCAGGGUGAGACAGCCCCAUUCACCUCAACUCUGAACACCUUGUCAGGGGGCAGCACCAUCCCCACCACCAUCUCAACCUCUGGGUCAGGAUCCACCCUAAAGCGGGCCAGUAGUUUCUCGGGUCGGGCCAGGUCCAAGGUCCAGGACCCAGGACAGAGUGAGGCUGAGAAAGCCACAACCAGAGCCAGGCGGUCCAAUAGCUUGGACAGGAGAAAUGCCUACAGUGCAGAGCUAACCAUCUCCAUGGUGAUAUGGAAUUACAUGAAGGAGGCCUACGCCACCCGUAUACAGGACAUGACCUCUGACCUGCAGAUGAGGGAGAGCCAAUCAGACAAAAGCAGUGACAUCACUGUCAUCCUUAUGGGGGCGGAGUCAUCUGUGGUGAGCACCUGUCAGUUGGAGAUUCAGAAGCUGGUUGCCAUGGUGAAGACAGACUUCUGUUUGCAAGAGUUGCCUCUGGCUGAGUUAGGCGUGUCUGACCCAGCAGAUGAGACUUUAGAGGUGUGUUGUGCUGAGGUGAGGCAACGGUUCAAAAAGGUCUCCAUCCAGACAAUGAGAGAGAGCGUGUUUCUGAUCGGCCCCAAGCAGCUGUGCUCUCAAGUGGGGGCAGCACUGAGGGAGGUGUUCCCUGGAGAGACAGGCCAGGGGGGGGGACAAGAGGACUUCUCGGUCCCCUAUACCACCACUUUGAAUCAGUCCAGUCCAUUUCAGGUGAAUGGGGUCCAGAACUCCACACAGUUUCAGACCAAUAGCCCUCAGCGGAUGUCUGAGACUCAGAGAGGGGGAAGGGAGGGGCCUGGUGCCAACAGGGAGAAGAAAAACAUCCAGAGGAGUGAUUCUUCCAAGAGGACGAGGAACAGCGAAUCAGAACACAAGAACACAGUUGUUAGCCAAUCACCAGCGAGGAAAGACCCUGUCAUAAAGGAGAAAGUGGAGAGGGGCGGGACCAUGGAGGCAGACGGGAGCAAGACUGACACAUUUCUCAGCCAUUCAGCGAUAGGCAACGGAGGAAGGCCGGGAGCAGUGAAUGGUGGCGGUACCAAUCAAGACAUGGUCACGCCCCCAAAAGAAAGCAACCUGAGGUCCAGAGUGACCCAGAAGGACAACAACAGACAGUCUAGUGGAGCAGAGAACCAGGAGAGGUCAGGUUCAGCUCUGACACGUCACGGCCCGGGAAGGUCUAGUCUGUCUGGGGCAGGGACACAGAUCUGUGUGUGUGGGGAGAGUGGGGCGUCAGUGAAGAGGACAGGGUGUGGGGUGACCCUGUGCCCACAGUGUCUUCUCAAAGUCCACGUCCAAUGCAGGGUUUGCCCCAAGGCUGAGGUGGCAGUCCCACAGGGCGUCCAGGGUAACAUGAGCUACUCUGAGAUGCCCUUCAGCCUGCCAGGCCAUGGCAGAGACGCCGUCGUUAAGAUCACCUACUGCAUCCCAGAUGGCAUUCAGGGGAGGGGCCACCCCUCGCCUGGCUCUGCGUUUCGGGGGGGAGUAUUUGAGGCCUACCUUCCCCUAUGUGAGAGGACCAGGAAACUCCUCCCGCGGCUGGAGAAAGCCUUCAGGCUAGGCCUCACCUUCACUGUGACGGGCAGGGAGCCAGGGGCCAGGGUCAGCUGGGACAGCAUCCCCCACAAGACCAGCCUGCAUGGGGGCAAGUCUGGGAAUGGUUAUCCAGACUCCACCUAUCUGAGUCGACUGUCUGAAGUACUGAGGACUCAUGGGAUUGAGGAGGCCCCUGCCAAGUCUCAAGACCGAAACAAAACCUGACAAGGAUAGUCGUAUCUAUGUUUUUUUUUAUCAAGGUGUUUGUUUCUCUCCGGUGUUGUAAGAAUUGAAUCUGUCUGUAUCUUGUCCCGAGACUCCCAAGAAAUGCUGAACGCUUGUGUGAGUCUGUAUAGUAAUAAGCUAACGAGAGAAGUCCUUUCGGUUCUUAAGAGUUUUGUAGUUGUACUGUUGUUCAUGCUUAAUCAAGGACCAAAUGAUUUCCACAGAUAUUUUACAGAUGGUAGUGACACAAAAGUGUUUGAGCUACUAUUUGUCAUUGGACCAAUACUAGUCCUGGCAGCUAUUGUUCAUUUGACCUGUACUGUGUUCUGACAGUGAACAUUCCGUCUUUAUCUUACCGUAACCGAGUAGCGUCCGUAUCUUUUCUGUACCCCCGCCGCUGAUAGCAUCCCCGUUCGUUAUGUACACACACUUCAAAUACCUGAGCCAUAAAAAUAUCAAGCCACUGCGGUUCCACAUUGUUUCCUCGCAGUAACAUCCCAAUAACACAGUAACAAAGCCACAGCUCCGAGGGUCGAGUCUUUUUUUUUUUUUUUUCUCCUUCCCCUUAUGCUUUUUUAUUAGUCCUGGAAAACAUGUAAGGCAUAUGGUAACAUUACACAUUGAAGCGUUACAAGCUCUCGAGCCCAUGCUGUGGACAGCAUGGCACCCACGUACGCAGUGAAACCCAAUCAAGCACAGAAGCAGCAUCAAUUCAAAGGGUUUAAAAAAUAUAUAUAUAUAUAUAUAAAAUAAAAAAAGUGGAGACAACCUUAGUAGAAGAGUGGAAAACAACACCGCAGACCGAAGGAGAGAAGGAAACGAAAAACCUAGCAAACUAAUCAACGUGGAGGCAGAAUGGCUGUCUCACAGUAAACCGUGUGUGGGAAUCUGAGCUGUCUGGACGGGAAAGUGACAACGGACCUGUUUUUCUGAAGCUUUCCCGUAGACGGGUUCAUGUGCAUCUGGUUAUGAGGCUGACUUGACAGUGUCAGAUAGGGGGAAGAGGAGGUUAUGGGUACAGUGAGGAGAGGCGAGGGAGUGGGGGCGGGAGCAGGUAUAGGUGCAGUGAUUUGGCUGCUGUUGGCACCGUGAUGAUGGGGGUGGAAAGGCACUCCCUCUGCACAGAGCCACCACUAAACUAUACAGUGGAAGGAAUAAUGAGCUAUACACACAUGCCUUUGUUUCCCGGGUCACCUACACACAGAUCCUAGUGGACCAUACAUAUCGUAAACAAGCCUAGCCAAAUGCACCAGACACUCACAGCGUUUCUAUAGUCGUAGAAUAUGUUGGUAGUUGGCGACAGUUUGUAGUGCUAAUGAGGAGCCAGAGACGGCCAGAAGACGUUGGGUGGUUUUCUUUUAGGCUAAAGGGUAUGUGUGUGUGGGGUGGACGGGUGGGAGCUGUACGCCUCUGGAUGUGAUGUUAAUCUCCAGACUGGGAUUAUCUUUCUAACUAGGAAUACACUCCACCAAGCACUGCGAUUGACACAAGACUGGAAAGGAGGACAAUAUAGUGUGUGUGAGAGAGAGAGAGAGAGAGAGAGAGAGAGAGAGAGAGAGAGAGAGAGAGAGAGAGAGAGAGAGAGAGAGAGAGAGAGAGAGAGAGAGAGAGAGAGAGAGAGAGAGAGAGAGAGAGAGAGAGAGAGAGAGAGAGAGAGAGAGAGAGAGAGAGAGAGAGAGAGAGAGAGAGAGAGAAAGACGAACAACAGAUGUACUCAAAUCAAGAGUAAAAGGGAAGCUGUUUGGAAUGACCUGUGAGAAACAAUGUGAAACAGUGACAUUAAGACUGCCAAUCAAAGGGAACCCGUUAUCUAGAACAAUAUGGCUGGGAGCUGGGAUGUUUUCCAAUGCAUGAAACGCCCUAGUUUCUUAGAAGGACCGUCCGUCUCUGGUUUUAGAGCUCUUGCAUAAGAAUGUGCGUCUGGCUGGGAAAGCGAUUCAAGCUGACACACAGCGUAGAUUCACCAAGCUGGAAAAGCAAUCGGGCGCUAGGGAUUGGGAGGAGUGGGUUAGGGCUCAGGCACAGCCAACAUCAGAUUAAUCCUGUCCUCUCUGACACCCAGUUACAUCCCACACCCUAGCCACUCACUACACCCACCCACCCGUGUGCUGCAGCUGAGUUCAACUAAGAGACCUUUUGGUUCUAUCAAACAGGAAGAAAAACAUUGAAUCAAAUGACAUAUAAUCUCUGCACCACAUGCCAUUGGAUGCAUGCAAUUGAAUUCCAGAUGUUAAUGUGAUGUGUGUGUAUGGUACGGUGAGUGUGUGCAUGGAGAGGGGAGAGGGCGGGGCUUUGGCUAACUAAUAAUUGACUCGAACCAAAGAGCUCUCAAGGUGCAAUAGAGGAUACUGGAAUGUCUGAGACCAACAGGCUGUAUGUGAACUGGGAUUGGCUUUCGGGCGGAUAUGUUGCGCCUGGGACAGACCAAGAGCUGGGUUUCUGUCUGUGCAGCUGUGAAAUAUGGCCUCGCUAUGACAUCCCCCUACACAUCUGCUACCUCCCUCUCUCUCUUAUCCCAUACAAACCAUUUGGAAUCAGGCUAAGAGAAACAGGAAACCGGCAUAUGGUGGCGUUUCACAAAGCUCAACUAGAGAGAGGUGGAUGAAGGAAAUGGUCCAUGAUUCAACGAUUCACCUGGUCAUGUAUAUUUUUAAAUGGAUGUUUAAUUUA